CUUGCUGUUUUGGGAAAAAGGGAUUUGCUGGGGGCGUUUUGACUCACAAUGGGGAGGCAUUCAUGCUGCCACAAGCAAAAGCUAAGAAAAGGGCUGUGGUCUCCUGAGGAGGACGAGAAGCUUUUGAGGUAUAUUACCAAGUUUGGCCACGGAUGUUGGAGCUCCGUCCCCAAGCAAGCUGGUUUGCAGAGAUGCGGGAAGAGUUGCAGACUCAGGUGGAUAAACUACUUGAGACCUGAUCUGAAGCGAGGCACUUUCUCCCCACAGGAAGAGAGCCUCAUUAUUGACCUCCAUGCUCUAUUGGGUAACAGGUGGUCGCAAAUAGCAACACAAUUGCCGGGAAGAACUGACAAUGAAAUUAAGAAUCUGUGGAACUCAUGCCUAAAGAAGAAGCUGAGACAGAGAGGCAUUGAUCCCAACACCCACAAGCCACUCUCCGAGGUGGAAAAUAUUGGAGAAGGCGGCAAGGUCUCAACAGCAUCACCCAACGGCAGAGGGAAAAAAGUCUUCAGGGGGUCCAACCUUCUUCCCAAGGCAGUGCAUAAUUCAAAGCCAGAGGAGGAGAUACCAUCUUCACAGGUAGAACGAAACCAUAACAAUAAAGAUGAGGAGAAGUUAAUGUCGACACUUACAGCUACAGUGCCCAACCAGGUGGACUUGUUGGUUGAUAGGUAUGUUGAUGUAAAAUUCCCUUAUGGCUACCAAAGCUCCAGCUCUGCUGCCAGCAGCCAGCAGCCUUCAUCAAAUCAUACACCAGGACAUUUUCCCCUUCUUCAGCAAUUGAAUUAUUAUGCCAAUCAAAACCCAACUCUCCCCUGGUUUUCCCUCCUCCAAUCAGCAGGAGGCUCCAAAGCACUCGGCGUGAAUAUUAAUUCUUCUGAGAUCAAUAUUAUGAGCUCUGGGACUGAUACUCCUCUAGCUGCUCUAAAGCCUAAUUCCAAUAAUAAUAAUAUUACUUUACCAUCUCAUGACAUGAAUCAUCCUCCUUCAAUGGGCGGUUCAUUUGGUGGUAUGAAUAAUACUAAUAAUACCACUGGGCCUUGUAACUGGGAAGCUGCUAGUGCUGGUGCUUCCAGCAACAGCAAUAGCAGCAGUGGAAGCAGUAAUGGCUCUUUCUUUGACCAGAACAGCCUCUUCAGCAAUUGGGGCUUGGCAGCAGAAAACUGUAGGAGCACAGCCGACAGAGAGGCCCAAAUGGAAACCCAUCCAGAAGAAGAAGAAGAAGAAGAAGAAGAAGAAGAAGAAGAAGAUAACAUGAUGAUCAAGUGGCCUAAUGAGUUCCUCCACAGCCCCUUCUUUAUGGCGGCUGCUUUACAAAACCAAACCCCAUCACCUUUCUUCAAUGAGAUUAUAAAAUCAGAUACCCAUUUCUUCACCAGUAGUCAGCAGCAACGGCAGCAGCAGCAGCAGCUGCCCCUUCAAACUCCCCAUAUAUGCACCAAGGACAUCCAGAGACUUACGGCUGUAUUCGGCUAUAUUUAGCAAAACCAUAGGAGGAGAGGCUUAAAACAGUUGCCGUUUCCAGUUAUCAUUUAUCUUACAGGUGUGCGCCACAUUUUUUUUACUCCUUGUAUAUAGGAGGUCUGAUAUAAACUUGUCUCCCCCUGUGUUUGGAAUCUCUGCACUUUGUAAAACAAUCCCCUUUUCUGUUGAAUGGCUGUGGCAAAACAGCAGAAUAAGAUUUGUUGGCUC